AUGACUCUAAUGAGUGACAGUAAAAAUAAUGCGCUUCCACCAAAUCUUUAUCACCAGCGGCAAUCCCUUAUGCUUUGCGCAGUUCAUGCAAUAAAUAAUGUCUUACAACGCCAUGCUGUAACUAAGGCCGAUUUGAAUAGAAUUUGUGAAGAAUUAGCACCUGAUUGUUCGCCUUUUAUGAAUCCUCACCGCAAUAUCCUUGGCCUUGGUAACUACGAUGCAAAUGCUUUAAUCGUUGCGCUACAGGAGACAGGGCAUGACAUAAUAUGGUUUGACAAACGUACGAGUCUUGCUGAUCACCGCUUAGAUUGGAGCAAAAUUGUCGGUUGUAUUCUCAACGCUCGUCGGAAAAGUAUUGCGUCAGUUGGUGGACGACAUUGGGUUGCUUUCCGGGGUAUUGCAACUCCUGAUCCUGAAGUGGUUAACUAUUACGACCUUGAUUCGAAGCUGCGUAAGCCUGUGCUAGUCGCGAAGUCCCAUGAAGAGUUCUCUAAUUAUAUUGAACGGCGAUUAAAAGAACUUUCCGAUUCCCAACUUCUCUUUGUUGUCCCAAAAGAGGUACUUUCUGAGCGAACAUGGCGUUUGCCUGAAUCACAUCAUCUGACGUCAUCAGCAGCUUCAGUUGAAGAAGAAUUGGUAAUCAAACAACAUUCCUCUUCUAAACCACCUAUCUAG